CUAUGGGAGCUUUUUUGGACACUUAUUUCCUUUUGUGUGUCUGUCUUAUCUGGCUAUUUUUCUCUUCGUCCUCGUUAUAUAUUGCAUCCCCCUCUUUUUCAUCAUCAUCAUCUUGUAAAUUACGGAGAAAGUUUCAACUCAAUGAGGUGCACAAGCCUGGUGAUGUGGUUCUAGGUGGGCUGUUUGAGGUCCACUACACCUCUGUUUUCCCUGAGCAGACAUUUACUUCAGAGCCACAACAGCCCAUCUGCAAAGGCUUUGACACUCUAGGGUUCAGGCAUGCCAUGACCAUGGCCUUUGCUAUUGAUGAGAUCAACAAGAACUCCAAUCUGCUACCUAAUGUGACUCUGGGUUUUCAUCUUUAUGAUAACUGCGCUACACUUGUUAUUGGAUUCAGUGGUGCAUUAUCACUGGCAAGUGGUCGAGAGGAGCAGUUUCUGCUUCAGGAGAACUGUUUAGGGACCCCUCCAGUCUUGGGGAUUGUGGGUGAUCCCCAUUCUACAUUUACUAUCGCCACCUCCAAUGUGCUAGGUUUAUACAAAAUGCCCAUUGUGAGUUAUUUUGCCACAUGCUCCUGCUUGAGUGAUCGCAAACGAUUUCCAUCCUUCUUUAGAACAAUCCCAAGUGAUGCUUUCCAGGUGCGUGCUAUGAUUCAGAUUCUAAAACGCUUUGGCUGGACUUGGGCAGGCCUGUUGGUCACGGAUGAUGACUAUGGACUUAAUGUUGCCCGAUCCUUUCAAUCUGACCUUGCUCAGUCUGGGGGAGGUUGUCUGGCCUACUUACAGGUUUUGCCCUGGGACCAUGACCCAAGUGAACUGAGGAGGAUUGUGGAUGCGAUAAAAAAAUCGACAGCUCGUGUGGUCAUAGUGUUUGCACAUGAGACUCACAUGAUUAACCUCAUGGAAGAGGUGGUUAGGCAGAAUGCAACAGGCCAGCAGUGGAUAGCAAGUGAAGCUUGGACAGCAGCUACUGUGCUCCAGACACCCCAGCUCAUGCCAUACCUGGCUGGGACGUUGGGUAUCGCCAUCCGGCGAGGAGAAAUACCAGGACUCAGGGAAUUCCUCCUACAAAUAAGUCCUUACCAAAAUGACGUUAACAAUGAAAAUAACAUGCUUGUACAUUAUUUGCAGAAGGUCAACUUUACCACACCAUUUGGUGAUGAAGUGUCAUUUGAUGAGAAUGGUGAUGCCAUACCAAUAUAUGAUAUCAUGAACUGGCUAUGGCUCCCUGAUGGAAGAACUAAAGUUCAGAAUGUGGGUGAGGUUAAGAGGUCAGACUCCAAAGCCACCCCGGUCAGUGUGCAGGUGAGAACUGUCCUCCAGGACCCGCUUGCAAAGGGAAAGAAGGGGAACCUGUGUGCUGUUCUUGACUGUCAUCCUUGUUCUGAGGGAAAGAUCAGCAUAAGACUGGGACUCCAUGGAGUGCACCAGUUUCAGAGGACUUCUGGUCCAGUCUCAGCGUGGACCACUUGUGUUCCUAGAAAACGAGUUUCCUCCUACAAUGACCUCUGGGGUGGUUCUCUGGCCUGUGUUCAAGGGCUUCCAAGCCAGGAGUGGAACAGUCUGAAGUGGGUUUGUGCUAGCAGCAGAGAGGGACAGUUCUUGGUUCUUACUCUCCAGGCAAUAAUUGCACUGCCUGCUUAUGUCAACUCACCAGGCAAAUAUGCUGAUGCUGUGGAGGUAUUUGCCAUUCUGGCCUCAAGUUUCGGCCUCUUGCUGGCACUGUUUGGACCCAAAUGUUUCAUAAUCCUGCUGAGACCAGAGAGGAACACAAAGAAAGCCAUCAUGGGUCGAGGAACCAUUAAGUCAUGA